AUGAGACAUCAAGCCCCACCAACACUCCAGCAGCUAGCGUUCGAGAGCCUACUGAAGAAGGAGGCCUUGACCAUUUCUGGUCUAGCCGGCUUGCCCUGGUUCCUGUUCCCAGCAGCAUUUGAGAGGGCCUUCAGGAACAAUCAGACCAACAUCCUGCGGGCCAUGGUGCCUGCCUGGCCAUUCACAAGCCUUCCUGUAGGAAUCCUGAUGAAGACCCCACACCUGGAGACUUUGAAAGCUCUACUUGAUGGACUAGAUGUGCUGAUUACAGAGGAGCCUUGCCCCCGCCGCGGGAAAAUCAGAGUGCUGGAUUUGACAAAUAGGGAUACCUGUGUCAAUCGGAGUCAAUCCUGUGAAAGGGAAUUCUUUCUUCAGUUCACGAGAGAGAAGACAGUGGAGACGUGUCCUUACUCACGAGGAAAGAAAUAUCUACAUGUCAUAAAUGAUCUAAAAAUCAUGGAGAGUAGGUGUGGUGAAUGUACCACAUACUUGUGGCGAUGGGCCCAGCAGAGACAAAAUUCUGUUCAUUUGUGCUAUCCAAAGAGCGAUAUUUUGACAUCAAAAUUGUUUCCCACAGCCAUAGACUUCUUAAAGUCUGUAGAUCUCCACUGUGUAAGGGAGCUGGAGGUGAGAUUUUUAUGUAUAGAAGACAUGGGUCCUUUUGGACCAUACCUGAGACAGAUGCAAAACCUUCACACACUCCGUUUGGCAUACAUUCGUAAGGAUUCAAGCAUCAGUGGAUCUCAAGAGCUGGAAGAGGAAUGCAUGAACAAAUUGGUAUCACAAUUACCCAAACUCCACUGUCGCCAGCAUCUCUAUAUCGACGAUUCUCCUGCUCUAGUUGGCAGCCUGGCUGAUUGUCUCGGGUGCCUGAAGAAGCCCUUGGAGACCCUGUCCAUCACUCACUGUUAUAUCAUACAGAGAGACUUGGAUUACCUGCCCCUGCGCCUGAACCUUUCUUCGCUUAAACAUCUCUACUUGUCUUACACAAUGUUGGACAGGUGUAUUCAGCCACUUGGCUAUCUCCUUGAGAGCGUGAAAGGCACCUUGGAAACUCUUGACCUGGCCGGAUGUCGGCUGGAGGAUUCUCAAUUUAGUGCUUUGAUGCCUGCCCUGAGUCAAUGCUCCCAGCUCCUCAAGAUUGAUUUUUACAUGAAUGAACUGUCUCUACCCGUCCUGAAACAACUGCUUCACCACACAGCCAAGCUGAACAAGCUAACCAAAGAGACAUACCCUGUCCCUCUGGAGUACUAUGAUGGAUGCCGAGUGCUUGUACGCAGAUUUGAUGAACUUGGUCCUGAGCUUCUGGAUAUACUCAGAUCUGAAAAACAGCUCAAGGAAGUCUGUUUUUUCGCAGUCGCCGGCCCUACCUGUUAUGUGCGCUAUGCCUAUGACCUGAAAGGCAGCCGUUGCUUGGGAAAUACUGCAGCAGCAAGUUGCCCAGUGAUGCCGAUGGAAUACUCUUAUGCUCGAGCUAUGGUUGAAAAGGUUUGGAUUAUCGAACCUUUAGACUGCUCCCCACAGAGCCCCCUACCAUGA